AUGGCCAAGCUUGGACCAACCCCAGAUGCGAUUUCGACGCUGUUGGCGAACCCAUCGCCGGACGGAUCCAGUCCGAUCCCGGAGAUCGUGGUCCAGAUCCUCGAUCUCAGACGUAACGGCAACCGUUAUAUGUUUACUGCUAGUGAUGGGAAGAUGAAGCUAAAGGGGAUUCUCAACUCAGAUAUGAGUUCAAUGGUUGACUCUGGGGAUUUUCAGAACCUUAGCCUCGUUCGUAUUCUUGAGUACACUGUUAAUGACAUUCCCGGCAAGCCUGAAAAAUGUAUGAUUGUGAUAAAAUGUGAGAUGGUUUCGCCUCCUCUUGAGGCGGAGAUUGAGAGUGAGGUUAGUAAAAAUGAGGUGAAAGGAGAGCAGGUUGGGAUUAUUUUGAAGCCCAAGCAAGAGAUGGUGACUAAAUCAGCCAAUCAGAUUAUGCAUGAGCAGAAUGGAAAUAUGGCCCCGGCUGCACGAAUGGCCAUGACCAGAAGGGUUCAUCCUAUUGUGUCCUUGAAUCCUUAUCAAGGCAAUUGGACUAUAAAGGUUCGUGUAACAAACAAGGGACCCAUGCGUACUUACACGAAUGCUAGAGGUCAAGGCUGUGUUUUCAAUGUGGAGUUAACAGAUGAAGAUGGAACUGAAAUUCAAGCUACAAUGUUCAAUGAAGCUGCAAAGAAGUUUUUUGAAAAGUUUGAAUUGGGGAAGGUUUACUAUGUUUCAAAGGGGUCUCUAAAGCUGGCUAACAAGAAGUUUAGCACAUUAAAAAAUGAUUAUGAAAUGACUUUAAAUGAGAAUUCUGAGGUGGAUGAAGUCUGCAAUGAAGAAGCUUUUGUUCCUGAAACAAAAUUUGAUUUUGUCCCAAUUGAUAUGCUGGGCCCCCAUGUUAACCAAAAGGUGCUAGUGGAUGUUAUUGGAGUUGUUACAAGUGUGUCUCCUACAAUGAGUAUUAGAAGGAAGAGCAACAAUGAGAGUAUCCCAAAGCGUGACAUUACCAUUGCUGAUGAGUCGAAAAAAGUGGUUGUGGUUUCUUUAUGGAAUGAUCUUGCAACUGGUGUUGGCCAGGAAUUGCUGGACAAAGUCAAUCAAUCGCCUGUAGUCGCUAUCAAAUCCGUUAGAGUUGGAGACUAUCAAGGUGUAUCCUUGUCUACGGUGUCCAAGAGCUCAAUAGUGGUGGAUCCAGAUUUACCUGAAGCAAAGAGGUUGAAAUCCUGGUAUGAUUCUGAAGGUAAAGAGGUUUCAAUGGCAUCUGUUGGCUCUGGUAUGAGCCCAUCAGCCAAUAGUGGAGCAUGGUCCAUGUACUCUGAUAGAAUCCCCCUGUCUCAUUUGAAAGAUAACCCAUCCUUGGGAGAGGACAAGCCUGUGUUUUUCAGUGUUAAAGCUUAUAUAGGCCCCAUCAAGUCUGAUCAGACUCUCUGGUACCGGGCUUGCAAAGUAUGCAACAAAAAGGUGACUGAAGGUGAUGGGGGUUACUGGUGUGAAGGGUGCCAGAAAAUUGCUGAAGAAUGCAGUCUAAGGUAUAUAUUACUUGCAAGAGCUAUGGAUGCAACUGGUGAAGUAUAUCUUUCAAUGUUCAAUAAUGAAGCAGAGAAGAUUAUUGGGUGCUCUGCAGAUGAGCUAGAUAAAUUGAGAUCAGAGGAGGACAACGAGUACCAGCUGAAGUUGAAACAAGCUGCUUGGGUUCCUCAUCUUUUCAGGGUCAGUGUUGUUCAGAAUGAAUACAAUGACCAGAAGAGGCAAAGGGUAACUGCCAGGGCAGUUGCUCCACUUGAUUUCGCUGCUGAAUCCAAAUAUAUGCUGGAAGAGAUAUCGAAGAUGAAGGCCUCUUAAAUUACUGCCUGGGCUCUAUUUUCAGUGGAAACUGUGGUCUAGAGCCCAUAGAGAACAAGAGAUGAGGAUUACUGGCAAUUCACUUUUGGUCUCCCUGCCUCAAGUUACUGGCUUUGUUUUGUCAUCUUGGGGAAGGGCAGUUGUCAUGACAUGACUUGUGUAUGCCGUUUUUCUUAAGACCAGUAGUCCAGUACAGAUGAUCUUGUUGAAUUCCAGAAAUGUAUUAAAACCUUAUCUAUUUAUAUGAGUU